ACGCUGCGUUUCUUUCAUCUGGUUGAUAUUGGGGUCUCCGAAAUCCGAAGCCGAGAAAUCGACCAAAAAUGUCGAGAGAGAUGGAGGGAGUAGAAGGAUCAAGCUCAGUAGCAGGGCGAUUCACGUUGCCCCCAAGGCGCAUAAACAACGAAGACAUAAUAUUUUGCAUAGAUGUGGACAGUGAAUCCCUUGUGGAAAUGAAAUCAACAGGAAUUAAUGGGAGACCAUUCACUAGAUUGGACUCUAUCAAGCAAGCUAUCCUCCUCUUCGUUAAUGCCAAGCUCUCAAUCAACCCCGAUCACCGUUUUGCUUUUGCCACUCUCGCCAAAACCGCUUCUUGGCAUCGGAAAGAGUUCAGCAGCGAUGUAGAGUCAGCUAUGGCUGCAGUUCGGGGGCUCUCGGCCACUUCUUCUUGUGGUCAGGCAGAUCUCACCCAUCUCUUCAAGUUAGCUGCUCAUGAAGCAAGGAAAUCUCGUGCACAAAACCGGAUUCUCAGGGUGCUUCUUUUAUACUGCAGAUCAUCCAUAAAACCACAACAUCAAUGGCCUGUAAACCAGAAAUCCUUCACUAUGGAUGUGAUGUACCUCCACGACAAGCCUGGACCUGACAACUGCCCGCAGGUGGUCUAUGAUGCUCUUGUUGAUGCCCUUGAACACGUUUCUGAAUAUGAAGGCUAUAUCUUUGAAAGUGGACAGGGAUCAGCACGAGUCCUGUUCCGUCAAAUGUGUGUGCUGCUAUCACACCCUCAGCAGCGUUGCUCACAGGAUGAUGUUGACAUACCCAAGCCUCUUGCAAAGAAGUCACCUGCAGCUGAGACAACAAAUGGUGAAGAUAGUGUUCCUGUAUCCAGCCAGUGAGAAUGUCAACUAUCAAAUUGAUUACUAGUUCAUUAUGCUUCCAAGCAGCUGGUUUUCACUUGUAUGGUUCUAGAUUCUGUUGAAAUAAUUUGUUGAAUUAGAAUGUAUACUCUGAUCGGCCCCUCCAAUUCCGGUGUACAAAUUGUGAAUUCUUUUAAAUUAUUAAUGGCUUAUUAAAUAU